CUCUAUCUCUCUCUCUCUUGUCAAUUUCGGACUCCGUGCGUCUCUAUGUGUCUAUAGUGUCUCCACAGUGUCAUUUUGAAGUCAGACAGAGCUGCAUGUGGGGACUACACCGGCACAGCCAGUCAUCAUCAAGUGAGGACAGGAAAAAGAAAGAAAGAAAGAGAGGAGAGUGGGGCAAAAAGAGAGAAAAGAGCGCUACCUAAAAACCACAUGGGCAGAACACUUAGUACCCAGCUGGAUUUAAGAUAAGAAGAAGCGCAGACUUGAAUUAAUAGAGGGAGAAGACGAGUUCAACUGCAGCGACCGGGAACAUUUUUAUACGUGUUAUAUACAACAACAACAAAAAAAGGCGGAUCGCGAGAUAAUUGUUAUUGUGUGAUGCCCUUAAAGCAGCAAUGACCACAGAUCAGUUUUUGCCCAUGGACGAUAAGUCAGCAACAGCUGUCUUUGCUGCGAACGGUGUUGACGUAACACCACGGAAAGAUCAGGGAGUUUUCAAGGUUGUGAGGCGUCAGGGACUCGAUGGGGACCGGCCAAUGAUCGGGGACAAAGUGACCGUACACUACACUGGAAAACUGCUUACUGGGAAGAAAUUUGAUUGCAGUUGGGAACGGAAGGAGCCUUUUUGCUUUAAUGUAGGAAAAGGACAAGUCCUGAAAGCAUGGGACAUUGGUGUGCUGUCCAUGCAGAGAGGAGAGGUGUGCACCCUGCUCUGUAAACCAGAUUAUGCCUACGGACCGACUGGGAAUCCAGACAAAAUUCCUCCCAACUCUUCAGUAGUGUUUGAGAUGGAGCUGCUUAACUUUGAAGGAGAGAUACUUACAGCUGAUGGCGGCAUUAUGAGGAGAAUAAAGGUCAAAGGGGAAGGUUACAGCAAUCCUAACGACGGGGCGACCGUCGAUGUGCACCUGGAGGGACGCUGUGGGGACCGGCUGUUCGACUGCAGGGACGUUAGCUUCAUUGUUGGUCAAGGUGAAGACAAAGGCAUUCCUCUGGGGGUGGACCGAGCGAUGGACAAGAUGCAGAGAGGAGAAUGCUGCUUACUUUACCUUAAACCAAAGUAUGGGUUUGGUAGUGAAGGCAAACCAGAGUACAAAGUUGGACCAGAUAAAGAAAUUGUGUAUGAAGUUACUCUAAAAAACUUUAAAAGGGCUAAAGAAUCCUGGGAAAUGGACUUGAAUGAAAAGCUGGAUCUCGUCUCUGGAGUGAAAACUAAAGGGAAUCAGUAUUUCAAGGCGGGACGGCACCACCAGGCAGUCAUCCAGUACCAGCGAAUCAUUUCCUGGCUGGAGUUGGAGUGUGGUACCGGGAUGGAGCAGCAUAAGAAGAUACAAGACUACGUUUCAACAGCUCACCUCAAUUUAGCGCUAUGCUUCCUUCGGCUAAAAGAGUUCUCUCAAGCAGUGGACAACUGUAAUAAGGUAAUUGAGCACGAUGAGAGCAACGAGAAGGCUCUGUAUCGCCGAGGGGAAGCGCGGCUUCGCCGCAACGAGUACAACCUGGCCAUAGUGGACUUUCAGAAGGUCCUGGAAGUCAACCCAUCGAAUCGCGCUGCUCGCGCUCAGCUUUCCAGCUGCCAAAGAAAGAUGAAGGAACAUCAAGAGCAGGAAAAGAAGAUCUACGCCAACAUGUUCCAGAAAUUUGCGGAGAGGGACUCCAAGACUGGGAGAAUGAAGAGGAGAAAGGACGAGAGCACGCGGGGCGGCAUGAACGGCGAAGUGGGCAUUAAACGAAGGCGACGAAGUCAGGACUGCCCAUCAUAGCAGGAACAUUUUGAAAAAGGGAGAGGAGACAGCCUCCUAUCUCCAGGGAGCAGAGGCGGCGAAAAAGCUGAAUAAAAGCCUCUAAUCCGCACCUCUUCAACCCAAAAUCCAGCGGGACCAUUCCUGCAUAUAAAGCAGAGAGUGAGCUGAACAGCAUUUAUUUGUCACGCGUACUGUUGGGCAGCCUGAACGUUCCUCCCCCAGGGGGGACAGAACAAAAAAAAAAAAAAAAAAAAAAAUCACAGAGUGAAUAUUGAUAUGAACACUUCUUUUUUGUCCAGUCUGUUAUUAGAAAAAAGUACUUUCAGUUCUUC